UGGAUGGAGAAGGAAAUCUCGGCUGGCUGGCGUGCUAACUAGGGGAACAUCUUUUUUACUGCUGCAGAUUUGUUUGCUUUGAAGCCACUUCGUGCACACAGUAGACAAGGACAAUUCCAUAAGAUGCUCCACUUCGAUCAUCUUGAGCAACUAAAGGCUGCAAAGCAAUGUAAGACAGAGAAGUCUGUUUUCCAGAUAAUAAUUUACAGCUAAAGGUCUGCAAUUUUUCUUUCAAAGAAGAAAUGCAACACCCGCACUUGGUAUCCCCUUCUCUAUCCCUUCAUUCAAGAUCUCAUUGAUCAGGCUGGAGAAAAUAUUAGAGCAUUAAAGCAUCCUGGACAUUAUUUAGUCACCUUCCUUCCUGGACAAGUGUUCAAAAUUGUAGAGGUUUUGUUUCCUUAGAAGGGAUCAAUGAAGCACUGUCUGAACCUUACCCAGUAAGAGUGCAGAAGGGAACAAAAUGCUGAAGACGACGUUACUGCAACCUUGUCUCCAGCCUCAAUCCAACUGUGCUGGACCCACCAAAGCAAACUCAAAUCCAUACAGCUUUAAGAAGCCCAAGCCUGACUCUGCAGAUGGAUAUGGCUGUGUGGGGAAGCUGCAAGAAAAGGAAAAAGAGAGCAAUCAAAUAUGUCUGCAAGAUGGGAAGUAUUGCCCAGCAGAUCCAAAGGAGCAAGAGAUGACAGAGUUAACAGGAAAGAAUUUCCUGUUGGAAACCUGGAAAACCAGUGAAGAUGAGUUACCAUUCAAAGGAGAUGGCAGUGGGCAGCUGUCAGGUAGUGGGUGCCCAGUUAGAAAAGACUCUCCAAGGCCAUCUUCAGACUUGCUCCAUUCUGGGUUUAGCAACAGAGGUGACCCAAGUCAAGAAUGGAAAGUGGUGAAAGUUAAACGAGUCCUCAUUUCUCCUGUUGGUGAACCUAGGAAAGCAAAUAUUUCAAGAAGUGCGAGCCUUUCUGAAAAAGAGCUGAAGGAAGCGAAAGCCAGGAGCCAGAGAAUUGCUGCCCAGCUGACAACCCCGCCCAGCUCCAACUCUAAAGGGGUCCUGCUGUUUCACCGGCGCAAGCAGCGAGUGAAUGCCUUUACCUUAGAAGCCCCAAAGACAACAAGUGGAGAACAAGCAGGUGCAGAGGGCAGCCCCAGAGCUAUUCGUAAUUCCCACUGCAGUCCAAGCCAUGGGAAAGAGUCCCUUUUGAAACAAACCUUAAUAGAAAACAUUGCUGUGAAGGCAUCAUCCUGCACCAAGAACUCUGGGUUGCGGGGGCAAAAAAGUGGCAUGGAAAAAUAUGAGGAGAGCCUGGCUGUGGAGCAGACUCUAGAUAAUACACAGGAGCCUCAAAGGAAUAAAAUAAAAAGUGAGGAGGCCUUUGCCACAAUGAACACAUCAUUAUCCUCUGAGGAGAUUCCAGCUGAAGACUUUCAGCAACUUCCUCUCAGUGUCUACUUAAAGCAAAGUACAGGGACAGCUUCAACCAAUGGAUUGCAUGGACUUAUCUCCAAUGAGUUUGAAAAAGCCCCAUUAACUGAGCAAGCACCAGUUGCUGACAAUACAGAAAACUUACUCCCUGUUAUUGAUUAUGUGCCUGUCACUGACAGGGAGAAUAACAGCACCAUUCUUGAACAGAGAUCAUACAUACUGCGUAAGGACAGAGAAAAGAGGGUUCUUGAUAAAGAGCCGUAUUUACCAAUCACUGACAGUGAGAAUAACAACAACAACAUUCGUGACAAGGAGCUGUAUGCACCUGUUAUUGAUACGGAGAACAACAUUGUUCUUGACAAGACAAUGAGUGACCCAAAUUUUGACAGAAAGGAGAAUGGAGAGAUUCUCAGCAAGGAGCUGGAGGUGCCCAUCAUUGAGGACAAGAACGUUUUCCCCGCUGCUGAGACAGAGAGACCCAUUCUAGCUGCUGACAUGCAGCCCAGUGCAACCAUGACACACAAUAAUAAGCAGUACUGUGAAGUGCGCCUGACUUUGUCUAAGCCAUUGCCUGUGAAGAACCGAACUGCAAGACCCUUUGGGACUCGAUCGCUAGCUACGACUCAGACACCAGCAGAGAAGAGCCCCAUGACUGAGUUUCCUCCACCACCCACCUAUGCAGAAACGUUCUCCAGCCCUCCCCCAGUAACCAGGGUCAGGUCACCUCCAGCCUACUCUGCACUGUAUCCUAGCGAAGAACAGAAAGCUCCUGUUCUACCUGGGGCUAAGAAUGUAGGCAGCAGAGCAGGAGCUCUGUCUGCAGAGAACAGAGAAUCACCUCCAGCUAAAACGGGCAUUCUGGAGGAGUCUGUAGCCCGCAGAGCAGCAAAAAAGUCCAUGUUCACCUUUGUUGAGAAGCCAAAAGUGGCUCCUAAUCCAGAUCUUUUGAAUUUAGUCCAGACAGCAGACAACAGGAAAAAACAGAAAGGACAAGGAGCAGCAACUCCUGAGGAGGAACCAUUUGCUCUGGGCGCAGAGGCCUCAAACUUUCUGCCUGAAAGUAGACCGAUAGGAGGGUCGGCCCAGGCUCCUGCAGAUACUGCCCCAGAGUGGUCUUCAUGCUUAAGGUCACCAAAAAUACAACCCAAGCCAAUGAUAAAAUCCAACCAUAGCCUAUCAGAGGCAAGAGGAAAGGGAGCAGAAUUAUUUGCCAGAAGGCAGUCGAGGAUGCAGAAGUAUGUCAUUGAGUCGCCAUCACAUCCAGACAUAACCAGGUCACCUUCACCUACUAUGUCUCUCCCUCCCUCCUGGAAAUAUGCUUCAGAAACUCAUCUCUCCCCUAUGACAUUCCAACCCGCACCCAAAAGUCCAGUCAGAUCUCCAAAAGCUCCUCCUGUACCUUUGUACAACAACAACAUUUCAGAGAGCGAGAUUUCCAGAAAGGAGAUGGAAAUCUCCAAGCAACAGCCAUACCAGCUCCAGUCUUCCUUGUUCAUCCUUUCCCCAGCCAAAGACCCAGUGAGGUCUUUACCAAAAGGGGCACCAUCGCCAAAGCCUGUGGUUUCUGAACCCAGUUAUAUGAGACAAACUUCUUGCCCAACGUCUCCCUUGCCACCUUCUCCUGUUUUGCAUCCACCUGCCCAGUUCAGCUCGGGCAGAUCAUUUCCUGGUCUUUUUGCCCCAUCAGCCGGGACUGUGCUUGCACCUCAGAACAUCAGAACACAUGCUGAAGCAUCACUAGAACCAUCUUUUGAAUACUCUUCCAGAAUUUUGUCGCCAAGAGCUAAAGGAGUCUUCCAAGCUCCAAGGCCUUCUUAUUCCACCAAGAAUGCAGGAAUUGAGCCUCAGGAAAGAAAGAUGUCCCUCCCUGCUUCCCCGACGUGGACUCCACGACUGCUGCGACGACAGCCUAGCAGUUUGGAUGGUUGGGUGAGCCCAGCCCAAACUCCAGAGCCUGAGGAUGGGCUUAUGGAGGCCUUUCGAGUAGCCAGUGUCAUGACCCCGCCUCCUCCACCCAUGUCUCCAUCAUGGAGUGAAAGAUCUCUGUCCCCAUUUCGGCAGGAGACUGACCCCAAGUCGAGCCGGCAGAUGCAGGCGCUACUGGCCAGAAACAUCAUAAAUGCUGCCAAAAGGAAGAGCUCUUCUCCCAAAGCCGUGACGAUAGAGAGCUUCAGGCCCUUCACUCCCCCUGCCGCUUCCUCAGGUGGUAGCCCUAAGAGCAUGGGUAACCAUUCCCCAAGCCCUCUGCCAUCUCCUAGGCCAACAAGGGUGGACGGCUACAGGCAUGUCUCCCUCCCUGUCAGCACUGCACCGCUACAGAUCAGUGUACCUUCAAACAACAGCCCCAGGUUACUAGGCAGCCAGUCUCCAACCUAUAAAAGCCCACUGCAGUCUCCAAAAGCAGCACGGGUGAAUGGGAACAAGUACUUCACAAUGCCUGCCAGCACUGGAGCAUCGCUCUACAAUGCAGCCACAUCCAAUAAUGGCCCAAGAACAACAGGCACCCAUUCUGUAGCCCACAGGGAUCCCUUGCAGUCUCCAAAAGCUACCAUCUUGGAUAGUCACAGGAUCUUCGCACCCCCAGCAACUACAACCAGAAAAUCAUCAUGUAUCUGUCCUAAGAAUCUAGGCACCUCUUCCCCAGUCAUCAAAAGCCCUUUGCCGUCUCCUGUGGUAGGAGCACAUUCUCCGGUGAAGUGCUGUGCUUCCAUGUCACCCACCAACUCAGAUGUGUCCCUCGACUCUGAAGACUCUGGCAUCAAGUCACCCAGCAUCCGCAGCUUCAACAUUUGUCCACGGGGCUGGAAUGGAAGCCUGAGGCUGAAGAGGGGUAGCCUUCCUGCAGAAGCACCCUGUACCUCCUAAACGUUGGUAGCAGACGCGACCAAGAAAGAAGUUGUGAAGUCUGUCGCCAAAACAUAUACGCGGACCUACAGCCACCUAAUCCGACCAAUCUAGUUAAGCAUCAAGAGGAAGGAACUGGGCCUGCGCAGAUGUAACACCUUCACCGUAAGCCUGCCACUUUCUGGAGAUUUCGAACAAGAAGCCAGAGCCUAUUUGUUUGUGGGAAAGACUUUUCAAGGCAGAGGUACUCUAAAACCAAGGGAAACGUAGCUGAGGUUCUACCCCAACAUGCCCGAUUUCCGUAGGAUCCCCUUUAGUCCCCAUCCCCACUGCAUUUACAUGUGUAUUUGGCUUUCACAAGCUUUGAUUCAGCUAUCUUUGCUGCUGGACUGGAGCCACUGGUGACUUGCUUGCUCAAAGGAGGCCGAUGAGGUUUUGACUGCUUUUGUUGUCACUCUGUAACAUCCUGUGGGAGGAGGACAAUCACAUGCACACACACACACAGCUUGCAGCAUAAUCCCCAGCAGUCUGUCAGCGAGAGAGCAGGAGGAGAGGCCUGCCUUCCACUAUAGCUCUUACUGUUUUUCCUCUACUCUGAUAGGGGUCAGAGUCACAAGUCAAGUCAGUCUCCAUUCCAAUUGCCUGAGAGGCUGAGGAGAAAGUGGGGAACAAUGGGCAAGAAGUCCACUCAGCAGUUAUCCCUACUGGCUGAUCUGUCUAAUGUACCUUUUCCAUCCAAGAUGAGGCCUGGCUUUACCCAAAUCCAUGUGAACCCAAAGAAGAUAGCCUCAUGGCACCCUUCUCUCCCUCUGCGGGAGACACCCUAGAACUGAGGAUGCUGGAGAUCUGCAUUAGGACACUAUCCCUGUAUCCUGGGAUGGGGGGUAUGGAAUAUCCCACAGUGGUGGGAUAGCUGCUCAGUCCAGGAAAGGGCAAAGGGGAAACACACAACCCAAAAUCAGACAACAGUAUAAAUAUGAUGGUCCUGGACUCAAAUCUCCAGAAUGCUAUCUAUGUCAAAUCAAUCAAUCAAUCUAGAACUCUUCCUACAGAGAAAUAAUUAUUGGCCCAGCAUUUGAAGAGAGGAUGAUAAACACCACAUGUCCUCAGCAAGACUAUAUUGAGGCUAAUACACACAAGUCAGUGCCAGCCUGGUAAACAUCCUCUUUGACAGGGGGGGAAAGACCAACCCACACAUUUGUGCUAUGAAACUUGCCCUAAUGAGGGUCAGGCAAGGGACCUGUCUGCAUGGAGGUGUUCCUGUGAGAGUUCUGAGAGAGUGUCGACUCAAGCACAGGUGAGAAUAUGAAUCCUUUAAGAUGGGGAGGGCCAUAAGCAUUUCCCCCUGGACUACAGAUCUCCUUAAGGGGCUGGGAGGAGAUGCCGGGCCCCCAUGUAUUGAUCAAGGACUUGCAGGAUGGACAGCCUACUGGUUACUCCCACCACCCCAAUCCGUUAUCUUUUUCAUGACAGCAAAAUGAAGAGAUUGAUGUCUGCCUGGUUUUGAAGAGUGUGCAAGGAAUCCAAUGUGAGGCAGGAAAAAGAAGACAAGUCACGAGAAGGAGAACCUUUUAGUUAGGUUCCUCCUGAUCUGGUUCUAGAAAAGAGGAUGGAUGCAGCAAAUGGCCUUGUAAAUGGGUGCAUGUUCCCAAUCCACCUGCCAUAAGGAUCACAAGGUGGCAGGGCAUAUUUCUGAAUCACUGGGCAACAAUAAAUAAACGGGGAGCCUCCUUGCCACAUAUCUCCCAAAGUCAGGGGAAUGCCACCUGUGCAGUAAAAAAGUCAAAACCGCUUGGAGCUGGAAUUUGCUUAUUGGACUCCUGCCGGAGACACCUUUGCUUCUUUGCUAUGGUUUUUCCCAUUUACCAUCAUGAUGAAGGGCCCAAUAAAUGGACUUUCCUAUUUUAUGCUACCUGGCAAGGCCCCCUAUCAAUGGCUACCUACUUCCAGCCGGUUUCUCUCUUUCCUGUGGGUAUUGUGUGAUGCGGUGCCAUAUAGGCGAUACGCUGCUUGGCAUUGGCUGGGGCCGUAUCAGGUGUUUUCCCCACUUGCUUUUAGUUCUGCAGCAGUCAUCCUUUAUUUUUAUCCCUGCAACCUUUAAAAAGAAGAACAUGCAUUCUGUCUCAAUUUAAGGCAAGCCAGAAAUGAGUAAGCAAGGUCCCCAUCUUUGUUUUCUUCUGGUCAUGCACGGCUUAUGUGGGAGAGCAGGCAGGGGAUGCUUCAAGCCGUGGGUUCCUUGGAAGCAUGCCAAGGCAAGACAGCCAAUCUUAUCACAUGGCACUGACAUUGCUGUCCUUUUAUUGCUUUAGCAGUGCAGAUUCACAGCAGGCUACCUAUUCAAAGGCUCCCAUUUUGGGGGUCAAGGAGAAGCAGGGUACAGUGCACCACCAUUACUGGAGUCAUCUGGAGAUCACAAGCACCAGGUAGAAACGAUAUCACAGAGAAAAGGGAAACUGGCAAGAUUUGGAUUGUUUAUAUCCACAACCUUGCUGAAACAUGAGACUUGGUUCAGUUUGUAAGGCUGCCAGUGGCUACUAGCCGUGAUGGCUAUGCUCUGUCUCUACUGUCGGAGGCAGUAUGCCUCUGAAUACCGAUUGCUGGGAACCCCAAGUGGAGAGAGUGCUGUUACACUCAGGUCCUGCUUUCAGGUUUCCCGUGAGCAUCCGCUUGGCCACUAUGAGACUAGGAUGAUGGACUACAUGGGCCACUGGCCUGACCUAGCAAGGCUCUCUUUAUGUUCUUAUGUAGUUCAGGUGUUCCCACACGUAUUACUAAGGGAAUCCACCAAUGGAAUUUGGUCUUUUCAGGGAAGGAUGUACAGAUCUCAGCCUUGGGAUGGGUGAGAAUUUCAAUUCAGUUCACAUUUCAAGCAGAAUUUAUCAAAUUCACAAUUUCUGAAACAAUAUGGGAAUCGAAACACAGCCAUCCUUCGAAAUUCGCAUUUAUUAAAAUUUUGAGAUGCAGUUUGCCAACUAAACAAUAUUUACAAAAAUGCAUAUAUUAGGGGAAAGUGUGCAUAAAAAUGAAUAUAUGAGUGAAAAUAACAUGCAAAAAGGCAUGAAAUGAUCAGAAAUCGCUUGCAAAAAUGUGUACCUUUGUCAAAACUGCCUACAAAAAAUGUGUUUAUUUGGAAAAAUCCACACUAAAAUGGGGGAGAAUUUUCAUGAGGAUUUAAAAAAAAAAAAUCGCAGAUUGCUGCAAAAAUGUAGAGAACUGAAUUUAAUAUUGGAAAAAUGAGAAACUGAGAGGACUGAAACAGACAGAUAUUUCCAUCCCUAGCCUUGAGUGACUCCCUGUUAACCUAUUACUCUCCACUGCCCCUGAUACUCAUGUUUGGCAGCCUCUCAACCCAGCAUUUGAGCCUGAUGAUGCCAUUUGCUGUAGUCAGCAACAGUAGAGGCUCAUGGAGAGUGAAGCGAAAGCAAAGAUUCUGCUACCGCAGGGACCCGAGUUCUGCCUUGACAGCACAGAUAGCGGUAAGAACAGCCAGUGCUACAAAACGUUUGCUUCCCUGGCAGCUGCUGGGUUCCCUGGGCUUAGAGGUUAAACGGAUACUUUGCUGCUUCUCUGGUUUCACUGGAGAAAUGGCAAGUGCGAAAAGAAUAUUAGAUCCCGCAUUAGAUCACACACUGAGGCUUCUGUUGCUGUGACUGAUUGGCCUAAGUGAUAAAUUUCAGUCCCACAGGCAGGGAGCUCAUGGAUACAUCAGAUGCUAUUCUCAGCUAGAGCUCUCUGCUUUGGAGAAGAAAUGGCAAAAUGAGGAUGGGGAGAAGGUUGAUGGUGCCCUCUAGAGGCUCAUUAUAUCAAUGACAAGAUUUUCCACUCCUGAGAGUGUGGUAGAAAAACGUGCCUAAGGGCCCUCCAGACUGGUGUUUUAUUGUGGGUGUAUUCUGACACAUGAUCUUUCUUAACACAAUAAUAAUGCAUUAGUGGUGGGUUCCUUCUGCUUUUAGUUUGUUCUGUGAUGCUUUCCCAAUGCGCAUUAUUGCUAUAGCACAAUGAAAGCAGAACACUUGUGGUAUAAAAAGUCAUGGGACUCCAGCAGGAAGUUACAGAAUAUGCACUGAUUGGAAGUGACUAGCCAGUGUGGCUGCCCAAGAACUUUUGCAGGCACAACAGUAUUGAAAGUGGGAUCACAUGUGACUGUCCCACAAGUGUCAAGAAUACAAAGCAUCGUGAAUGUGCAAUAAAAAGGAUGUUUGAAGAAGCCCUAAGAGAAAGCCAAGCAUGAUUGUAACACCAGUUGGUUGAGCUUUUCACAAAGAGAACACUGUGGCAGAGAGACAGCUCUUCCCCUUAUCUUCUGGGAAGAAAUUCUUGGUUAGUUAGUGGAAGGAAACGUUGCAUGUCGUUGAGUGUGUGUGAGAGAGGCACUGAUCUGGGAGAAGGUUUAAAAGAUGUCAAGACUCUCUACAGGGCUCCUGUUGUUCCCUGAGCCGUGCAGGCAGCCAGCAGCCUCUAAAACACAUUGCUUCUUGCAGUUUAAAGAUGAGGGAAUUGCAAACAUGAAGUGCAAAACAUGUACCGGCAUAUCCCUGUACUUUCCAGAGACAAAAGCUUCUGCUUUCCCCUAGAAUGGAUUUUUUAAAAGAAAGAGUUAAAUUUGAUGGAUGAAAUGUGUUAUAUCUGUGGUUCCCAGUAUAGCCUUUGAGAGCUCUCUCUCCAGGCCUAAGCCCUGUUAAGAAUCGGUGGCCUCCUAAGCAAUCUUUGAAGCAGUGCUAAGUUGCGUUUAAAGAAAGGCUAAAGCUCUCCUGCAGAUAGGUGGAGAAAGAGAUUUAAAGGCAGCUGCUUGUACCUCUUGUCCCUGACUUCACAGUUCCUACUCCUGUCUCCAGUUUUAUCAUGUGAACGUGAUGCCUCCUGUCACUGAGGAAGCACAGAGCUGAUGUUUGUGUGCCAGAUGUCUGCAAGUAGUCCUGAUGUGUGCAAAUUGGCCAAGAGGGGGGAGGGCAAGGUGGUCAUCAGAUCAAAGAGUGGUCUCAUCUAAGCUGACCUUUGUCCCUCCUUGGAAAACCUAGUGAGCUCCAUUCUGUUGCUCUUCUGCUGCUUGCUAAUCCCAAUUCUAUGAGAAGCCUUUACCUCUCCAUGGGAUGAUACCACAUGAUCUCAGAAAAUGCUAUAACAGCCAAGGCCCAAGAAGGUGAAGUAUGAUCUACAAGGUAUUAAUGUAAGUGGAAGUGAAAGCAAGAAUGAAAUACAGAGUCCUCCUUUCAGUAUCUCCUAGUGCAGCCUUCCCCAACCUGGUGUACUCCAGAUAUUUUGGACUACAUCACCCAUCAGCCCCAGCUGCCAUGGCCAAUGGUCUGGGAUGGUGGGAAUUACAAUCCAAAACAUCUGGAGGGCACCACGUUGGCGGUGGCUGCCCUAGUGUGAUUGCAUUGAUCAAACCUUAUUCCAGUAUGAUAAUAAACUAUGAUGUCUAGGGAUUGAGUUUGCUAUCUGUUUCUGUUCCAUUUUUCAAUUUGUCAAAUGGGCUGCCAGUUCCUAUUCGCUAUAAAUUGUGUUCCACUAGUUAUCACAAUUCCUGAUUCUCCCUUUUUUUAUUUUUUUCUGAAAAAUUACAUAAUUUUCUCCACUAUUCCUUAAUGUAUACAGCAGCAGCAGUUUACAAAAAUAAUUAGGUAAUACAUAAUUCUUGCCACAGAUUUUUUUAAAAAAAUAUUAUGGUGUUGCUAAGAGCUGCGAAUGCAUGCAAAGAGUGGGAGCCUGUUCGACAAUGAGACAAACUUUGGAUUAUCCCAGAAUUUGAUACCAAAUCCGAUUUUAUGAAUAUUCUACACUAUCCCUAAUGAUGUCUUAAGUGUAUUGUCAAGCUCCAGGUACUCAGAUUCAGUAGCAUGAUUAUCCCCUUUUUUACAAUACAAAUAUUCCAGCUAAAUCAAGUUGAAGAUUGAUUUUUGUUGAACAGGAUUUUUCUCUCUAUUGUUCAUUUUUGGGCUUUUAAAAAGCUUUGUAAAAAAAAAGUUUGUUUUUCAAAAUAGCAACAGUGUAAAAUUUCUCUUAUGUAUUCAGAUACAUGUAUAUGUAAAUAGUAACAAUGACUUCUGAAAUAAUGUAUGACCUGCAAUGUCCACUCUGCAAGAUAAUGUGCACAGCAUCAUUUUCUAUUUGCUCACUCAGUGCAAGCAAACAGGUCUGUUAUGAAAAUAAUUUAUCUAUGAUUAUUUUCCAUUAUAUGAUCAGUCAGUUAUAAGACGUGCAUUAUUACACAGCAACAUGCCCCUCAUGUAAGUUACAAAGCAAGCUGAAUUGGGGACAUAUUGAAUAUGCAAAUAUUGAACAGCAUACACCUUUGCACAGCUACUCAGAAGUAAGCCCCACUGAAUUCAGUAGAAGAGGUAAGCAUAGAGCCUAAAUUUAUUAAUCCCUAACUCCCAUGCUAGGGAUGGAGUCCAUUAGCCGGUGCUGCUUUGAAAGUAUUCCAUUGGCCUGACAGGUGGUAUUGAUUCAUGUUCAUUCUUUGUCUGCUAUGUUGCUUUUAUCAAUCUGAUUUUUUUUCUCCCCAAAAUAUCAAUGUUAAUAUUGAUAUUACUAUCAAUAAAGGAAAGCAGCUUCCACUGAGGCUGGUCAGUUUCAUGUUAGCAAGCAGUGACUGGCUGUUUCCUUUUGGAAAGGAAAGGAGGAAAGCAGCUUUCAGUGGCCCCGUCCCCACCUCCUCCUCGGCAGACCUAGGGAGUCCUUAACAUGGACGAGACUCUCUAGCCUUGCCUUUUAAUCAUUUAACAGAUUAACACUACAGAGAUAAUAAGGCAAGCCUAGAGAGGCUUGCUCAUGUCAAGGACUCUCUAGACCAGCCUUUCCCAACCGCUGUGCCUCCAGAUGUUGUUGGACCACAAC